GCUGAUCAAACAAGCACAAUUUUUUUUUUUUUUGCAUUGUGACCACCAUAGCACACACGAUGUACUGCUACCAUGGCAAGAACUCCACGGCCGGUACAGUACCGAUGCUCCUGCUGCUGCUGCUGCUCCUCUUCAGCCUCACGGCGACGCUGCAGUUCCAAGGCAAGACGACGGCGCUGGCUCUGCCAGGACCCGGCUGCCUCAGGUACUGCGGCGACGUUGAGAUCCAGUACCCGUUCGGGGUCGGCCAUGGCUGCGCUAUGGAAGGGUUCGAGCUCCGCUGCAACAGGAGUGCUGUCGACGGCCACAGCUUCUUGACGAUCUUCGGCAUAAUCCCGUCGACCAAGAAGAUCGACUGCGAUAUCUGGGGCAAGGAUCUCUCCGGCACGCCGUUUAGGUAUUCAGGGAAGUCCAACAUGUUCACGGUUAUCGGCAUCAACGCUCUCGCAUACAUGGCGGACAAUACUCAUGUGAUUGGGUGUGUGUCGCAGAGCAAACCCUACGGCGACCUCGAGGCACAAGAUGGCAAGUGUGACGGCGACAGUGCCGGCUGCUGCCAGGCUGCACUCGCCGACGACAUGAACUUUGACGACAUAGGUUUCAGUCCGGAUCACAAUACGACGGAUUACUACGAACACAGAAACGCCACAGACAGGCGGGCAGAUUACCGAGGCUACGCUGUGGUUAUGGAGACCGACAAAUUCCAGUUCAAGACAACAUAUCUGAACACAACAGCAUUUCUUGAUGAGAAUGCUGGCGGCCGUGUCCCGGCCAUCCUGAUCUGGGAAGUGGGCAACGAGACCUGCGAUGUUGCGACGAAGAAAGAGGAUUCCUAUGCUUGCCUCAGCGCUAACAGCGUGUGCGUCAAUUCCAGCAGUGGAGGCUACCUCUGCAACUGCAGCCAAGGGUUCGAGGGCAAUCCUUACCUUCCUGAUGGAUGCAAAGAUAUUGAUGAGUGUGUUGCUAAACCACCUCCAUGCGCUAGAUGCAAGAACAAACCUGGAGGUUACGAUUGUCCGACACCCUUGAACAUUACGGCGCUACUAUCAGUGGGUUCAAGCAUCGGUGUGGCUGUUGUGGCCUCGGCCGUCGUCUGUACGUACUUGACCCAUGAGAGGAAGAAGCUGACCAAAAUCAAGCGGAAGUAUUUCCAACAGCACGGCGGGAUGCUUCUGCUGCACGAGAUAAGCCUAAAGCAAGGAACUGCCUUCACCGUCUUCACAGAAGCAGAGCUCAUCGAGGCGACCGGCAACUUCGCUGACAAGAACAUCCUUGGCCGCGGUGGCUUCGGCACCGUCUACAGGGGCCUGCUCAAGGACGGCGGUGUCGUCGCGGUUAAACGGUGCGUCUCGUCGAUGGCCAGCGAGCAGCAGCAGAAGGAGUUCGGCAAGGAGAUGCUCAUCCUCUCCCAGAUCAACCACAAGAACAUCGUCAAGCUCCUGGGCUGCUGCCUCGAAGUGGAGGUCCCGAUGCUAGUCUACGAGUUCAUCCCCAAUGGCACGCUGUUCCAGUUCAUCCAUGGUGACGGUGGCUCUCGCAGCGCCCCCUUCUCGGUUCGGAUACGCAUCGCCCUCGAGUCCGCGCUGGCGCUGUCCUACCUCCACUCGUGGGCGUCGCCACCGAUCCUCCACGGCGACGUCAAGUCGUCCAACAUACUCCUGGACCAGAACUACGAGGCGAAGGUGUCGGACUUCGGGGCCUCGAUCCUGGCGCCGGCGGACAAGAGCCAGUUCAUGACCCUGGUGCAGGGGACCUGCGGGUACCUGGACCCCGAGUACAUGCAGACCUGCCAGCUGACGGACAAGAGCGACGUGUACAGCUUCGGCGUCGUCCUCCUGGAGCUGCUCACCGGCAGCACGGCGUUCAACCUGGAAGGCCCCGAGAGCGAGCGGAGCCUCUCGCUGCGCUUCCUGAACGCCAUGAAGGAGCGCAGGCUCGGGGAUAUCAUCGACGGCCGCAUCAAGGCCGACAGCGACGCCGCGCUGCUCGAGGAGGUCGCGGAGCUCGCGCUGCAGUGCCUGGACAUGGUCGGCGAGAGGCGGCCGACCAUGAGAGAUGUCGCCGAGAGGCUGGACGUGCUGGCCAAGGCCAUGCAGCAGCAGCACCCGUGGGUGCCAGCGCAGCAUAGACCGGAGGAGAUGGAGAGCCUUCUUGGGGAGUCGCCGGUGGCCAGCGCGGAGAUGACCAGCACCGGAAACUUCAGCAUGGAGGAGAGGAUCGUGCAUGGGCUGCUGGAUUCUGGGCGUUAGAAUAGGCCAUGCUACAAUAGUACCACGUAUUUUCGGAGAUGGUCCGAUUCUCAUGUGUUUCUUUGUAAUGGAAUGCCAAAAUUCGUUAGAACUUGUCAUACACACGCCGAAGAACACCUCCAGUGCAAAGCCACGCAUAUUUAGACGAGAGUAUAAUAUGGAUACUGGGUUAGCUGUGUCUGAUAAGGUAAGAAUAUAUAUCGACAUUUUAUAUAGUCGUCUGCUCUCUCCUGCGGUGGCGCACGGCAGCCCGCAGCCUAGAGAUGUAAAAUGUACAUGGUAUCGAUCCAAUUCAUAUCUGAGUCCGAGUAUUUAGUAUU